AUGACUCCAGCCUUGUCGAACACGACAGAGAGAAUAAUUGACAGCAUUUUAACUGCCACGAAAUAUUACGGCCUUGGAAAGGAGCUAGACAGAGUCAAAUGUAAAAGAUGCAUCAUAGUGGGGAACGGGGGAAUCCUGUAUAAUAAGUCUCUGGGCUCCCGUAUUGAUGAAUACGAUGUUGUCGUAAGGUUGAACGAAGCCCCAGUAAGCGGCUACAAGAGAGACGUUGGGACCAAAACUACGAUGAGGAUCACCUACCCAGAGGGCGCCAUCCAGAAACCUGACAGCUACGAAAAAGACUCGCUCUUCGUCUUUUCUGCUUUCAAACCGCUUGAUUUCAAGUGGCUCAGACAGAUGGUCUUCAAGGAAAGGCUGAGGGGAACGGAGGGGUUCUGGAAGUCCGUAGCGCAGUAUGUGCCUCGGGACCCAACAGAGAUGAGAAUCCUCAAUCCAUACUUCAUCUACGAGGCUGCGUUCCACUUCAUAGGCCUGCCGUUCAACAACGGGUUAAUGGGCAAAGGGAACAUUCCAACUUUGGGAACCGUUGCUAUAACGAUGGCGCUGCAUAACUGUGACGAGGUGGCGGUGGCUGGUUUUGGCUACGACAUGACAUCUCCUCACGCUCCUCUGCACUACUACGAGAAUGUCAAGAUGUCCGCCAUUAAAGAGUCUUGGACUCACAACAUCUCCAAGGAGAAGGAGUUUCUCCGUAAGCUGGUUAAAGCCAACGUUAUCACGGAUCUCACCAAAGGAAUCUGAGUUUACACCCACAUCCUCCCUCUGCCGCUUCCACGGAAGACCGACCUGAAAGCUGGAACGCAGCGAGAACCCCCUCAGGGCGGGGGGUUGAUGAAAGAUGCUCUUGCGUGCCUUCAGAACUGAACCAUGACUCAGUAGGACCGGACCUGCCGGCGGCGGCGUGCCAAGCGGCCGCGCCGCUUCAGACGUACUGUAUCAGUGUGAGGACGGCGGCCCUGCAGGCUCUCUGCUCCUGGACCCGGGGCGGCGUGUGGGGGACGGGUCGCGCAUUAGCAGUGCCAAACGCGCCGGGGAGCCCCCCCACCCCCCUCCUGUUUUGCCUGAAUGUAUUCUCUUUACUCUGUAAAUAUCAAAGGUUUGUACUGUGCUUUUUACCGAGCUGCAGUAGCUCCAUCACCUCAUCCGCCUCCUUCCAAUCAUGGUGUCAUUGAGUCCGAGUCCGUGUCCCGACCCGUUCGCAAAUCAAUCUUCACCUCCAAACGGAACGUUUGAACAUUAAUCACCGUCAAAGGCCUGUUUGUGUUGGAUGGAGAUGUGGUUAGAAAAGCUCUAAUUGAAAGUGGCCUCAUGUUGCAGAGCAGGUUUACAGCCAUUACACCUCCUUAUUCAUCAUGUGUCUCAGCCCCCCCACCCCUCCUCCCCAGCCCAACUACAUAUCUUCUUCUUCUUCUUCUUCCUUCAUAUCUUCUUCUUCUUCUUCUUCCUUCAUAUCUUCUUCUUCCUUCUCAGCCAUGGAGGUCAUCUGGCUGCAUACCUGAGGUCAGACACCAUCAAAGUCUGAAGUUUAUAAUGAGGAAAUGAAGCAAAUUUAUUUAAUGAUGCAACAAU